GUAAACAAUAACUGAGAUAAAUAUCAAGGAUCAACAAAGUUUAGAUCAGAUGAACAACUAUGAAAACACUGUGUGGACUUGAACAAAGACAAUGAUGUCGGACUGCUAUGAACUUAAUUUUGACCAUUUUUCAAAAUGAAAUAAAAAGAAACUGGGAUAUUACAAAAUACCACCACAGAGCCACAGAUGCAUGACAUUUCUAAAGGCCAUUCAUUGUUUCCAGAAUCAAUAUACUAAAAUGGUUUAAAUCUGAGAAAUGAGAAAUGUAUUUAAUUUUAUUAAACAACAGAAUGAAUGGUAGUUAAAACAAGCUGCGUUAUUUAGAAUUGUGCAAUAAGCAAGCAUAAAUGUAUGAAGAUGACAAAAGAACUCAGGCGAUUCUUUAUGUUUGCAUCGAGCCUUGCGCUGAUCAUUCCUGGAUUGGUAUGGUACUUCUUUGGGAUGUACUCGAAUAGUGAUAUGUAUUCGUCAACACGCACUAGAUACAGGCCUAGUGUAACUAAACACUGGGAUGUUCCAGAUGAUUCUUCCACAAGUUUCAUUUCAGUUAAUGACACUGGUAUUCCAGUUAAAGUUGAAGGAGUAUUAAGAUAUGAUGGAUCACCAUCUGAGAUAUAUGACAACAAUAACAUAUCUAGUAGAAAAUAUACAAAUGUAGCAUUUACUGGGGUUAUAAGUGAUUUAAUAGCAAAGUUGUUGUAUAACGUAUCAACUGAUCACCAAGAUAUUAACUCUUAUGACACGACUGAAGAAGAAUCCAGCGCGUAUGACAACAUUCGUGGAACGCAGACUCAAACUGAUAAUUCCAAACGAGCGAAGAAAAGCUCCUUAAUUGCUUCGAAGGAGCCAGAAGUGACUUUGGAAGAUUUAGUAAGUGGAGCAGCUUCAAGACCAGAUUUAGUUAGUGAAGCAACUUCAAGACCAGAUAACUGCAAGUCAUGUUUCCCAGAAUCUUCCUAUCUUUACAUGCCUCCUGAGGUCUGUUCCACAACGUCACCAAAGUCCCCGUAUGUGACACUUUUAUUGCUGAUCUUCACAACUCAUGAAAACAAGGCGCAUAGGGACACUUUAAGACGAACUUGGGCAAGUAUCGCAGAUAAAAACUCAGCCGAGGUACGAUAUGUCUUCUUGCUUGGGAAACACAAAGUCCGAACGCUGAAUAAAAAGGCAUUGGAAGAAGCUAAAAAGUAUGGCGAUAUUGUGAUUAAAGACUUCGAUGAAGUUUACAGGAAUUUAACAUACAAAACAAUAGCUGGAUUCCAAUGGGCGUCGAAAUUUUGCUCAAAUGCACAAUAUGUUAUGAAAACAGACGAUGAUAUGUGGGUGAAUACGCCUAAGAUCCUAAAGGAUUUAGAAUCAUGGGACAUAAAGAAUGAGGUUGUAGGGGACUGCUACCAAACUGGGGUGCCAAAUAGGGAUAAGAAAUCCAAGUGGUACGCUUCCUUUCGAGAAUAUCCUAGGUCAACAUACCCAGGUUUUUGCUCGGGAACAGGUUACCUCUCCACCAUGAAAGUUGUAAAAGAUAUUGUAAAAGUAUCUCCAAAUAUUCCAUAUUUCUAUCUCGAGGACGUCUAUGUGGCGAUAUGUAUACGAAAAUUGGGUUAUACGUUGAGGAAACAUUAUGGAUUUCACAAUGCCAAAGUGCUAUUUGAUCAAUGUUUGUAUCAUGAAAUCAUCAUCACUAGUCAUUAUGUUACGCUGGAAGAAGUGGAGGCAGCUUGGAACGCCAUAUGUUGAUAUAUAAACGCUGGGUUUGAUGUCAUUAUUUGAAAGGAUAACGGUUUAACAUUUCAUUUUGCAAGGUUGAACCCAUAUUUUAAGACAUAAAUCAAAAACCCAUAUACGUAUUUCUAUUAUUUUGUAUCAUUCCUGUCUGGUUGUAAAUUAUUUACAUAAAACCAACACUCAUGAAAUAUUACACCAAUGUAUUCAAAACAUUACAGAGAACCACGAGUUGUUUGUAAAAUGAAUCGGGGGAGUUUUUUCAUGCAUUUUGCUUGUGUUUUUCAUCUGAAACAUCAAUACACUUUAAAACAUUUUAUUGACUAUAAGAUUGCACCAUAUAAUCCCAAAAAAAUAUUUCUCAAAUAUUUCUCAUUUUCAAGGAUUAUCUAUGGAUUAACAAUCAGGUAUUUUUAUUUUUACAAAUGUUUUUGAAUAACAUAAAUGCUGUUUUAAAUAGUUUCAUGUAUAGUGUACCAUCAAUUUCUCAAAUUGUGUAAAUGGUCAUCGUGGUAAGCCACGCCCUCUCCAUCUCUAUCCUUCUGGAUGCAGCAGAGAGAGAUGCUAUGAGUAUCAGAAUGGUAAAUGGUACCUAUUCCCUAGUCCCUAGAAUUUUCUCUUUGGGGAAUUUCCCAUAGUAAUCCAAUGGUAUAGUUCCAAGCAGAUUUUGAGAUAACAGGAAAGUUUAUCAUUAAUACACACAUUUUGGGUUGUAUAAACCAAAACAACCCAAUAAGGUGAAAAAACUCCCCCCAAUUCAUGAAAACCCUCCCGAUUCAUUGUACAGACACCUCAAGGUCUUCUUAUCUCCUUUGGUUCCAUAAGACACAGAGCCAAGCAUCUGUGAAAGAGACCAAUGAAUGUACAGUUUGAUGGUGCCCAGAUCGAAAUUGCCCCCAAAGUAGCUAGCUCUAGCUACCAUGGCCCAGGAAGCUUGAACAUGAAAUAAAUGCUAGGUUCAGUCGAACCACAACUAUUUUACAAAAUAAUCAUUGAUUUCAUCAUCAUCAUGAAUAAAAUUGUGUCGUUCCAGCUGCUGAAAUAAAACAAAGAAUUAAGUAAUAAAAUACAACGUCAGAUACUGUACGUAAUCGUUACAGUUUUCAAGCAUAAAUGCUAAAUUAGAGCAACGGAAAUAAGCGGCUUUACAUUAAUUUUUCGCCUGCACUUGAAAAUCUUUUGAAAUGAUAGGAUACCAUAAGCAUCUCUCGCGAAUUCCUUCAUCCACAGAUUUGAUAGAUAUGAUAUUGCAGACUUAUAGUUAUGCAUGACCUGGAACAUCGUAUUAUGUCGACAAUAAAUAUUCUUUAAUUAAUAUUCACUGGUUAUUUAUAGUCUUUAUUUAAUAGGCCAUAUAUGCAAGACGAUAUCGUUAUUUCUAUGGUGUAAUAAGAUUCAGAGAUCGCAAUAAAAAUGCCAUCAUCAUACUAGUCUAGGCUCUUCGUUUUUUUUGUUCGAAACAAUGAAGAAAUCAAGCCAUUAUGAUUUGAUGAAUAUAUUGAUUGUUUGAAAUAAACAAAAACCACCCGAGCAAGUUUGUCGGUCACUUUUUGUCCCUGAAAAUUAUGUUUUGCCCCCACCCCCAGGGGGUAGCAGGGAGUAAAAAAUUAUUUCAAGAAAAGCUUUUCAUAUAAUAACAUAAAAUUAGUUGAUUCAAGAAGUAAAUACUGUAUAUCAGAAAGCGGUUUUAGUAAAAUCAAUAAUUUAAUUAUCUAAUGUUCAGUAAUUAACAAUAUUGGUAACAUGAUUCACGAAAACCCUCCCGAUUCAUUGUACAGACACAUCAAGGUCUUCUUAUCUCUUUUGGUUCCAUAAGACACAGAGCCAAGCAUCUGUGAAAGAGACCAAUGAAUGUACAGUUUGAUGGUGCCAAGAUCGAAAUUGCCCCCAAAGUAGCUAGCUCUAGCUACCAUGGCCCAGGAAGCUUGAAC